GAACGAGUAAACGCCAAAAGAAAACGCCAUUUUUUUUUUGUCUUGAGUCUUCUCUUCUCCUUCCUUCUUUGAAAUUCACACCAAUUUGUCUCUCUCUCUCUUUUAAGAAACAAAAAGUUUUAUUUCAGAAACUUCGAAGUUUGUUCUCCGGUCACCGUGAAAUUGAUUAAAUUCCGAUGACGAUCGGUGACCGUCAGAAUCCGAGUGUGGUGGAGAAGAAGAAGAAGAAGAACCUCUUCAAGCUAUGUCCGUUUUGGCAGAGGAGAAGCAACACUUCGUCUUCUACACAGAACCCAAGUCAAAACUACCGUAGCCGCCAUGGACAUCGGAAUACGGAUGUUUCCCCCGUCUCUAAGCCUUCCUCGACUAUUUCUUCCGUCGCGAAAUCACUUCUCCCGUCUCGCCGUCGUCUCCGAUUAGAUCCUUCCAGUUUUCUCUAUUUCCCUUAUGAACCUGGUAAACAAGUUCGCAGCGCAAUCAAGCUUAAGAAUACUAGCAAAUCUCAUACUGCAUUUAAGUUUCAAACGACGGCACCGAAAAGUUGUUACAUGCGUCCUCCCGGUGGUGUUUUGGCUCCAGGAGAGAGUGUUUUUGCUACUGUGUUCAAGUUUGUGGAACACCCUGAGAACAACGAAAAACAGCAGUUGAACCAGAAGAGCAAGGUUAAGUUUAAGAUCAUGAGCCUGAAAGUUAAACCAGGGGUAGAGUAUGUACCUGAGUUGUUUGAUGAGCAAAAGGAUCAAGUAACAGUGGAGAGGGUUCUUCGGGUCAUUUUUCUUGAUGCGGAGGGCUCAAGUGCUGCAAUGGAGAAACUGAAACGUCAACUGGAUGAAGCUGAAGCUGCAGUUGAAGCAAGAAAGAAGCCUCCACCAGAGACAGGGCCUCGCGUGGUUGGGGAGGGUCUUGUCAUAGAUGAAUGGAAGGAGAGAAGAGAGAAGUACCUUGCUCGACAACAAGUCGAAGCCAUAGAGUCUUCGUCCUAAAACGCAGAGAGCAAUGUGGAUUUGUUAUAUAGGCUUAUAGCAGAGGUAAAAGAAACUCUUCUUCAUCUUCUGCAGCUGUACAUAAUUAAUUUAUCCCUCGAUUAUGUAUUUAUCUUUAGACGAUUACUUUGUGGUUCUUUGUAUGUCUCUGUUUGUUGUAUGCUUGCGGCAGUUUUUUACUCUCCCAUCAAAUUUUGUUUCGGUUGUAAUCGAAUUCCGUUUUAUCUCCCCCCAACCAAAGCUCCUCUGGAAGCAACCAAAGUAAAGACGACAACCAAAUUUCUUGCUACAUUCUUUUGUAUACCAAGAUUUUUGAA